UCAAUUCAAGAUGGAGGCGAGCAACUAUUACGCUGGUUAUACUUCAGGAGCCCAACACUCACAAGGAUUCACUCAAGUUCAAAAUCCGCCGAUUCAGACAAGUUAUGCAGCUCCUCAGGCAACUACUGGAUACGCUGUUCAAGGCACAGCACAAACAGCUGCUCAUUACGGGCCGCCCCAAACCCAAGCACCUCGGCAAGUAGUUCAACAAGCGGCGUAUUCAGCUGCCUCGACGGCUUAUGCUCAGACGGCUCCUACACAAGGGAGUGCUUAUGGCUAUACAGCAAGGCAACAGGAUGCUCCUCCACCACCACCACCAACCAAUACAGCUUAUCAGGCAGCUUCACACGCCGCCUAUCAAACACAUCCUGCGUCUCAAACCUACUAUGAACGUGACGCUUACGACACCAAAGCUAACUACUAUUCACAGCAGCCAGCCUCAAGUGUUCAAGGAAGUCAAGGCGCUUACUACGCUCCUGUAGCUACUGCCACUGCUAAAGCUGCUUAUCAAGCUUCGGCAGCCACAGCUUAUCCAACUCCUGUUAGUGCCACUCGUGUAGCGGCAAAGUCUCACCCGGCACAAGCUUAUACUUCGAGUUCUACUGUUGCUUACCCGUAUUCCUCUGCUCGAACCAACACCAACUACAAUAACCAAGGUUCCUACACUACGUCUACUUAUGGCAACUCAAAUACUGCAGCUACUGAUAGCUAUCAUCCUCAGGCUUACGAAGCAGCCGUUUAUAAUGCGGCAGCAGCGUACGUACAGCAACAACAACAGCAUCAUCAGCCUUCAAGGCCCAACUGGAAGAACAAAAGCGGCAUGUCUGGGAUGCCGUCCAACAAGCAACAAAAGCCCAAAGCUCCACCAAAACAGCCACAAAUACACUACUGUGAUAUUUGUAAAAUAAGCUGUGCCGGACCUCAGACUUACAAGGAACAUUUGGAAGGACAGAAACACAAGAAAAAGGAAGCUUCAUCUAAAGCCAAACCAGAGGCAAAUGCCAACAACAGUAAUUCUUACUGUUGUGAGCUGUGUGACAUCACAUGCACUGGUGCUGAUGCAUAUGCUGCACAUUUGAAAGGGUCAAAACACCAGAAGGUUGUAAAACUACAUGUAAAACUUGGCAAACCAAUCCCAGAGAUUCUGCCAAUUAAAGCACCAGAACCAAAAGAAAACAAAGAAGGUGAAGAAAAAACCAAAGUAGCAUCAAACAACAGAAACCAAGGAAGRAAAAAUGCAGCCAAACGUCCAGUAGCUCCUAAGAUAACCUUUGUAGGUGGGACUAAAUUGACAACAACUGGUGUAGUAAAGACUAAUGAUGCUUCUGAAGGGUCUACUGCUCAAGCUGGUCAGGCACAACAAGGUGCAACAGCUGCUGGAAAAGAUGAGGAGUCAUUAGAUUCCUCUGCAGAUGGUGAAGAAAAGUUUGAUUUGGCCACAUUCACUGGUGUGGAUAAGAGCAAAAUUGUUGGCUCAGAUUACCUUGAGGAGAUCAAGAGUGAUGAUGGCAAAGUUGUCAGUUUUCAAUGCAAACUUUGUGAGUGUAAGUUUAAUGAUCCAAAUGCUAAAGAAGCUCACUUGGCUGGUCGUAGACACAGAUUGCAGUACAAAAAAAAAGUUCAACCAGAUUUAGUUGUGGAAACCAAACCCAGCAACCGCAGACUCAGCAAGACACAAGAAGAUAAACUCAGGCGCCAGUGGGAACAGGAAAACCUAUGGAGAUGGAGAAGGGAUGAAGAAGCACGCUGGCAUGAGGAGGAAGCGCGAAGAUGGGAGGAAGGAGAAUAUCUUAGAAGGAUGGAAGAGGAGAGGUUCUGGGAAGAAGAGCACAGACGCAGGUAUGAAGGAGACUUCAUGGAAUGGAGUGAUAGAACCCUCCCUGGUUCUCAUGCACCAACUGGUGGUGUUCCUCCAAGACUUAUGGAUGCACCUAUGCCUCGCCCAAGAUUUGAUUCUGCCGAUGAUCGCAUGGUUAUGGCAAAACACUCGGCGAUCUACCCAACCGAAUCAGAACUACAAGCUGUCCAAAAUAUUGUGUCUGCAUCAGAAAAAGCCCUCAAGUGUGUGUCUGAUGUAAUUGCUGAGCAAGACAACCCGCCGAUGGAAGUAGAAACAGCAGCAGCAGAUGUUGAGGUUAAGGAAGAGGUUAAGGAAGAGAGCAAACCUGAAGACAAGACAGAAGAGGCUGCUGCUGAGAAGACUGAGGGGGAAACUGAGGAAGAAAACAAAGACCCUGCGAAGCAACAAGCACCUCGUGCCCUGAAAGGUGUCAUGCGUGUUGGAGUACURGCUAAGGGUCUGCUACUAAGGGGCAGACUGGAUGUUGAUUUAGUUGUUCUUUGCCACAAUAAACCUACCUUGUCGCUUCUGAAGAGAGUGGUUGAUCUCCUUCCAGCUCAGCUUGAGAGAGUAACAGAGGAAAAGUAUGAGAUAAAAACACUUCCUGAAGAGUGUGGACUAUCAGUUAGUACUACCACUGAGCCAAAAGUGACUGUCUUGGUUACUCUUACGUCACCUAUCAUGAGGGAUUCAACUGAGCCUGUAAACGAUGAUGAACCUGACGUUCUGGACAGGCAAAAAUGUCUUGAUGCAUUGGCUGCCUUACGACAUGCUAAAUGGUUCCAGGCAAAAGCAAACAGUCUUCAGUCGUGCGUGAUUAUUAUUCGCGUUAUGCGUGACAUGUGCCAGAGAGUGCCAGCAUUCAGUCCAGUCACCGACUGGGCACUGGAAUUGCUGGUUGAAAAGUCUCUUAGCAGCAGCGAGCACCCACUGGGUCCUGGUGAAGCCUUCAGGCGAGUCAUGGAAUGUAUUUCAUCUGGACUCUUCCAAGAAG